AUGAUUAAUAUGGUUAAUGGUGUUACUGACACUGAAAAUAAGAAAGGUUUAAAAGAAUACAAAUUAUGUGUUCUAGGUGAACAAGACUCUGGGAAAUCUUCAUACACAUUAAGAUUAAUUCAAUAUACUUUUGUCGAAGGCUUUGAUAUAUCAGUUCAAGACAGUUAUAAGAAGAGAGUUGAAUUUGAUGGGGAAUUUGUAAUUGUCAAUAUAUUAGACACUGUUAGCGAAGAUGAUCACAGUUUACUAUUGAAACAGAGACAGAUAUGUGAUAGACAUGGUUUUAUUUUCCUUUAUUCCGUCACUUCUAGAGUCUCAUUCGAUUCAAUAAUAAACCACAUACAAUAUGUAACAAGAAUGAGAGAUCCAACCUUAUCUAAUGAUUCCAUGCCUGCAAUUUUAGUAGGAACAAAGUGUGAUUUAGAUGAAGAAAGAGAAGUGUGUUACGAAGAAGGUAAGCAAUUAGCUGACUCUUUGGGGAUGAAAUUCUGGGAGACAUCUGCUAAACUAAAUAUUAACAUUGAUAAUUCUUUACUCGAUGUCUUAAAGGUGGUAAGAGAAGGUAAUUGUGAUACCGAAUCGAGACCUUCAACACCAGUUACAAUCAAUAAUCCAUAUCUGACCUCUUCAAAUUCUUCAAGUGAUGAUUCGUUGGCUUUAAAUUUAAGAAAGAAGUUAAAUACCAAUGAUAGUGACAUCGUCAAAGGUAUGAACACAAAUGAUAAUAGUAAAUCUAUAUUGAGUAAUAAUGAAGUGAAAGAAAGCAGCAGAAGCUUCGAUAGCCUACCUUAUAAGGCAGCAAAGCCUAAUAAAUCAAAUGCCACUUUAAGGUCUACUUCGAGCUUAAAGAAAUCAAUAUCUAAUGAGAAAGCCUCAACAAAAUGUUGCAUAAUAUGUUAA